AUGCUUCUCGACGGGGGCAGCCAAAGAACGUUCAUACAAGAGGAGGUUUCCCGCAGUCUAAAGCUCCGCGUCAUAGGAGAGGAGAGGCUGACCAUUUAUGCCUUCGGAAGCCAGAGGCCAUUGGAUGAAAGAAGUUGUCGUCGGGUGGAAUGCUGGCUAAGAAACUGGCGCGACAACACCAGAGUCCGCAUUGAAGCGCUGGAGAUGCCCGAGAUCAGCGGAGACCUGCUGCCACCACCGGACGACCGCAUUGCCAACAUCGCGCAGGAACAAGGCCUCGAACUUGCUGACACAGUACCUGAUGGCUACCAUCCUGGAGUUGGAGUUGAGCUGCUUGUUGGGGCAGAUCACUACUGGGACAUCACGACAGGAAGUGUCAAGCGACUCACUGAGAAGCUCGUGGCCGUGGAAACUGCGUUUGGAUGGGCACUGCAGGGCACAGACACCAUAUCGUCUGCCGCAGCGUGCCUAACGAGCGUCGGCGUGAUGCGAGUCAGCGUGAACACAGAACCAGAUGACGUUUCUCGUCAACUUAGGUCAUUCUGGGAACUGGAACACCUUGGGAUCGUCGAUGACGCACCGCUGAACGCCGAAAACGACGACGUUCUUAGGGCAUUUGAGGACACCAUCGUCCACAAGAACGGUCGUUACGAAGUGCGGCUUUCAUGGAAAGAGAACGCAUCACAGCUGACAGACAACAAGAGGACAGCAUCCCACAGGCUUCACUCACUAACGGCGAAACUACUGCGAAAUGACGAAAUGAUCCGCAGCUAUGAUCGGGCAGUCCGGAACUACCUUGAUGUCGGACACGCUGAGGAAGCCCCAGAACUGGGUGAGUCCCCGCAGGGGCCCAUUUAUUACAUGCCGCACCGAGGCGUUGUCCAGCAAGGUAGCGAAACAACCAAGUUGAGGGUCGUAUUUGAUGCGUCCUCCAAAGCACCAGGGAAGCUAUCAUUGAACGACGUUCUUUACGCAGGACCCAACCUAAAUCCAAGUUUGUCAGACAUCCUGAUUCGAUUUCGAGUGCACAAUGUGGCCAUAAUGUCUGACAUAGAAAAGGCUUUCCUCCAAAUCGAGCUGGUUGAGUGGGAGCGUGACGCUCUCCGCUUUCUGUGGUAUCAAAGUACACCAAAGCAAGGCGAAUUACUACCCCCAAUCAAAGAAUACCGAAUGACAAGGGUGCCAUUCGGCGCUACGUGCAGCCCGUUUCUCCUCGCGGCUACCUUGCGUCAUCAUCUGAAAGGUGUCGAGGAGAACUUUCCCCGCACCGCUAAGCUCCUAUAA